AUGUUGUUCUUCUCGUAUUUCAAGGAUUUGGUAGGGAAAGAAGUGACGGUAGAGCUGAAGAAUGAUUUAGCUAUAAGAGGGACUCUUCACUCUGUCGACCAGUACCUCAACAUCAAGCUCGAGAACACUCGUGUUGUCGAUCAAGACAAGUAUCCUCACAUGCUUUCCGUCAGGAACUGUUUCAUAAGAGGAUCGGUGGUGAGAUAUGUUCAACUUCCCCCAGAGGGCGUGGAUGUUGAUCUACUUCACGAUGCCACAAGAAGGGAAGCUCGGGGUGGUUGA